UGUAAAAGAAGAUUUGAAAAAUGGCAGAAGGCAGAAUGCACUAAGGCAGAAGUCAAAAAGUUUGGAUUUGUUUUGUUGGUUCAGUAACUUCAAUCUUUUCAUUUUGUUUUGAUGUUCAAUGUUCAUAUUUGUUUUUCUGUGUAAUUGAUGAAAAUCUUCACAUCAUAUUACUAGUUCAGUAAUUCAUCAUAACCAUCUGUCAAAACUAUGCGAUCAUGGCUAGCAAAAAGGGAUCAAGUCUUUAUUCAGCGCCCCUUGCUAAGAGGAAGUUCAAUUUCAGCGAAGUGGAAGAAUCAACUCCAAAAGAAAUGGAUUCUAUUAAGGUAUACCUGCGGGUGAAACCUCACGAUGAAAGACAAAUAAAUGAAAGUAACGAUGUAUUCGAAGUUACUGACUCGAAUACUUUGUUAGUAAAAGCUACUGGAGGUUCGAGGAAAUUCAGCAGAGGAAACGAGGAGUACAGUUACACAUUCACACACAUCUUCCCUUCUGAUGUUUCUCAGAAAGAAGUAUUUGAGAAAAGUGUGAAGGAGUCAGUGGUAGACUUCGUGAAUGGAUUCAGUUCUCUGAUAUUCUCUUACGGCACCACCAAUGCUGGAAAAACAUUUACCAUUCAAGGAACAAGUCAGCAACCAGGGUUAAUACCGCGCGCCCUUUGCCUUGUGUUUAAAUCAAUCGAAGACAGGCAAACUGAUGACGUGGAGUACAUGCCUUGCGGACGAAUAGUCAAACGAAUGACUGAGAAUGAGCUAAAAAACCACUCCGAGCUUAAACAGAUUAUUAUAAAUCAUAGCAAUAGUGAUGAUUCACAGAGCUCAACGAAAACCGUUCAUAAAUUGAGCCAACAUGAAAGUGGACACGACUUCGAAAUGAUGGACAUGAUUUUAGAAAAAGAGACCAAUUCUCUUGUUGUGUUGAAGCCUGAAAGUACGUACUCGUUAUGGAUAAGCUUCUAUGAGAUCUACAACGAGUGUAUAUACGACCUGCUCACACCGCCGCUCACAUCAAACAGUCAACGGAAACAUUUGAAAAUCGGCGAAGACUCGGCGAAAAACAGUUUUGUGAAAGACCUGAACUACGUGAACGUGACGUCGAUCCAUGAUGCGCGAAGAGUGCUGAUCUAUGGCAGUAACAAUCUGCAGGUGGCGAUGACCGGCCUGAACGCACAGUCGAGUCGCAGUCACUGCAUAUUCACGCUGACUCUGGUGCGCAGUCCAGAAGCCGCAGAAACCGGCGAUGACAUUGUCAUCAGUCAGCUGUCUCUGUGCGAUCUAGCAGGCACUGAGCGCCAGAAGAAGACACUGAACGUCGGUGAGCGACUGAAGGAGUCACAACACAUCAACUGCUCACUGCACGUCCUUAGCAGGUGCUUCGAUAUUAUUCGCGAAAACCAGAACAGAGCUGACAGGUGUGUAAUUCCCUAUCGAGAGUCAAAGCUCACCCAGCUCUUCCAAAAAGCAUUGAGAGGAGAAGAGAAAAUAGUGAUGAUGGUAAAUAUCAAUAUGGCUUUCUCGUUGGAUGAGACACAUCAAGUGUUGAAAACAUCAGCGAUUGCACGCAAAACGACGACGUCGAUGAAGCCCUGGCAGCAGAAGAAGCGUCGUUCGCGAUCAGCGAUGCUGCGCAGGUCGAUUGCCGAACAUUCGCGCGGCACAAAAUCGUCGACGCUGGCACGAAGCACUCUGACCGAGGUGGACGUCGAGGAAGACAGCGAGUACGCUGACGUCACCAACGUCCACGACCAAAGCAAGCAGAUUGUAGAGUCGCUGCUCGCCACAAUCGACACCCAGAAGAGGAAGAUCGUCUCAUACAAGAACAAAGUAGACGAGUUGGAGGAGAUGAAUUCCGGCUUGGAGGACGAACUGAGACAGGAGCUGGCCGUCGAGUAUGGCAAACUCAUCAAAACAAUCGAAGAUCGGCUGAAGCAGCGCAUCGAAGACAAGGAUAAGGUCAUCGAUGAGAAGGACAGAGUGAUAGCCGAGCUGGAGCGUCGUGUCAACUGCGAGGUGGAUGCUGAGAAUGGUCUCCGCCAAUCGGCCACAAAGAAACGAAAGGUUUUCGAUUGUUCGUUGUCGAUGAUUGAAGCCAACACUUCACACGUUGACGAUGAUGUAGCUGUUCUCAGAGAGGAGAACAACUUAUUGAAAAAUGAUUUACAUAGCUUAAAAUCGAAUUUGGAUCACUAUAAAAAUGAGAAUUUGGAGCUGAGCAAGAAGUAUGCCGAGUUGAAGUUGAUGCGCAGAAUUGAGAACAUUGCAACGUUGAGGGAAGCAGUGAUCGAUGAAGAUAUACUGCGUAUUCUUGGUGAAAUGGACAACAUGAAGGAAAAGUUCGAAGCGGAAGUUAGCAAACGAAAUGCGCUGAUCAAGGAGGCUAUGGAUGAGAUGAAGUACCUCGAGACUGACUACAACGAGGUGCGAACUGAAAACGGAAAGCUGGAAGGCGAUCUACUGGUCGCCAGAGAUGAAUUGGAGGAUGCCAAGCGCUCUCUAGCCAUCGCCAACCAAAUCACCGCCAGCAAAUCCGAGGAGAACCACCAACUGGAACUGAAACUCGAACAGCUCGAAACUGACAACGAGAAACUGAACGACUACAUAGAACUAGCAGAGGCUGAGAUCAAGUGUCUCCAACAAAAGUUGAAGUUGCUGGAACGAAAUGGAGCCAAAAGUGUGGACAUCUUUAAUGAAGACAACAGCAUUGUGAUGAAUGAGCGAAGUGCACAGCUGUUCACCAAGCUCGACGACAAUUCACACAACACAUUGUGCAACCAGUUGCAAAAGGUUUCACUGGAAUACGACAAUCCAGGUCUGGCAGAUGAUUCAAUCACCAUGCAACACCACUCUACAUUCGGAAUCGACUCAAUGAACUUAUCAAAGCAACAGACAUCUCUGAAUUCGUUGCAAUCGACUCUCGCUAAUAAAACUGAGGACUUGGCUUCCAUGCAACAAAACUAUACUUUCGAUGCCCUUUCAAUGAACUUAUCAAAGCAACAGACAUCUCUAAUUUCGUUGCAGUCCACCUUCACUGAAAAAACCGUGCCUGAUAAUAUUACAAACAGUUUAAGGCAACAAUUCUCCAAAUCAUUAGCCCCUAAUGUGUCGUUAUCUGAUGAGUAUGUGACUAGUAAAUCGAAAUCUCUUGGGAGCAAUUCCAAGACUACUACAUUUUGUAGAGGAAAUCAAACUUUUGAAGUUGACAAUGGUUUGUCCACUCGCUGUCAAGCAGAUGAAGAAGAAGAAGAAGAGCAAAAGAAUAAAGAAGAGAACGAGACAAAAGAAAUUGAACAGAAAAUAUUUGAGCUGACAAAUGAAAUUGAAAAACUCAGACAAAAUAACCAUUCGCUGAUACUUGUCGUGGAGCAUUAUAAAGGGGAGAAAACAAAUUUGGAAUACAAAAUUGUUGAUCUAUCAGAAGAUAUAGAGCGUCUGAAAGAUCAAAAUGAAGUUCAUAAGUCGCAAUUUCAACAAAAACUAACAGAACUGUCACUUGAAAUGAAAGAAAUCAUAAACUUCCAAUCAAAGACUGCCAAUUUGAUGGAGGAUUUCGAAAAAGAGAAGGCAGUUUUUGAAGAAACAAUAGAGAAAUUUAAUGUUGUGAAGAAAAUUCAGGCAGAAGAGAUUGCACGGCUGAAAGAAGUAAUAGACGGGAAAAAUGUUGAACUGGAACAGUGCAAAUCUGUUUCGGAGAGUAAUCAGGAGCAGCUGAAGAAGUCAGAGAAAAUUAUUUCUGAAAUGAAAGAAAUGGCAUCAACCUUGAAAACUUCGAAUGAUGAGCUAAUCACUUGUAACAAGGAACUCAAUGACAAAAAUGUACAAUUGGUUCAACAACUUGAAUCGAAGGAUGAGGCCAACGAAAGCUUAGCGCAGAAGUUGAGUGAUUUUGAAGCGAAGCAUGAAAGUUUGUUGCAAGAAAUAGACAGUAGAGAAUGUCGCAUCAGAGAGUAUACAGAAGAGAAUAAGAAAUUGAUUGGGGAACGUGAAAGUGUGCUGCAGGAAUUUAACGACCUGCAGAUAAGUCAUAAUCGUUUGCUGAAUGAAUUGAGCACUUCUAACGGAGAAUACGCCGUGAAAAAUGAGCAGUUGAUGGAGGAACUGCGAUCGACAAAUGAGAAAUGCGAGAGUCUAUUACAGAGAAUUGUUGUGGUAGAAGCUGAUAAGGAGCGUUUGAUGAAUGAAGCAGAUACCACUAGCAGAGAACACUUGGAAAAAAUUGACCAACUCAUGAAGGAGCUGCAAUUGAAGAGUGAAUCAGAUGAUAGUCAAUUGCAGAAAUUGAAAAAUCAAGAAGCAAUCAAUGAGCGUUUGGUGACAGAAAUAGGUCAUUUAAAUCUUAGCAACGAAGAUUACAUUAAUAAGAAUCACCGAUUGGAAGAAGAGUUGAAAUCAAAGAAUGAAAAGUACGAAACUAUCCUACAAAAGCUAAACAACUUGGAAGCAAAACACGAGUGUUUCGUGAAAGAGAUGGAUACAAAAGAAAGCAGCCUCCGUCAAGUUGAAAACGAAUUGAUGGCUGCUAGGAAAGAUUUGGAGCUGAAAGCUGAUGAAAUCAAAAAACUUGAGACAGUAAGCCGAACUUGUAAGAGCGAAUCCGCCAUUGAGAAGCGCCACACUGGUUCCAACUCGAAAGUGAAGAUAUCUGAGCAAUCAGAAGAUGAUCUGGACGAUGUAUUCUUCUCUCCUCUCUCUGAAAACAAACGACCUGCAACAAAUACUAAAACCGAGCGCCCAUCGAGAAUAGCCCGAGCCAAGCCCAUGAAAACGGAAACCAGCUCUGCUAGAAAACCUAAAAGAGUCACUCGAUCGGCGGUAUCUACGCAUGCGCAGAAUGUAUCAACAUCGCCACCACAUGCCAACAUCCUGAAGAAUUUGCAGUCGGAGAUUAACACGAAAAGUCCUGCAGUGAGCGGUGGUAGACGUCUUCUCGCUCAACCAACCGCCAUGCCUCACAUUUCCUUCGAAGAAUUUGCUGAUGAUCCUCAAAUGGAGAGCGAGUCACCUGUGUCCAUAUUGAACAGACUGACCGGUACUCCUGCACCGCAGCGUAAACUCAGAACCAGGAGAAAGAAAGACUAGAUUUAAAUAGAAAUAAAAAUAGGUUCUAUAGUAAUUUGCCUCUGAAAAAUGCUCUACAAUAAUUUAUGAAACUUAUUUCAAUUCAAAUAAUUCACUGUGCCGUAAUAUUAUAUUGAACACUGUGCAGAUUGUAUUUUUAUUGUAUAUUUGACUGUGAUAACUUUAUUCAAUCAAAUGUUUUUAUUCUACUGAUGCUUUUUUCGUGAUGUUUUAUCGAUAUUAUUGUAUUCAUUGUAUUAUCAUUAUAUUGAUAUGGCAUUGUUUCCGAUUUCCAUGCUAAUUGUGCUUUGAAAGAAUUAAAACAUUCUUAUUAGAAUUUUUAAAAAUGCACAAGAAAAUCAAUUUAUUCUCAUAUCAAAACUUUGUUAUUUACUCACAGAGAAGAAGAAAGAGUUAAUUCCUUCUACUUAGUGAUUUACUAUAGUGAGGUCCAGAGGUCCACGUUAUAAUGGCAGUGUUUGAUUUGAUUGCUAUCAUCUUAAACGACAAUGUCGAGUUAAUAUUAAUUAAUAAACCUGUAUCCAGCUACCUUCUAUAGAAGGCAUUGACAGAGGAUCGGCAACGUUCUGAUCUUUCUCCACUGCCAUUAUAACGUGAACCUCACCGUACGUAACCAAUAACUUUUCAUUACUUAUGAUUGUGAUGAGUAGUAUGUGUUUCUUGCUUCUUCUCACUUCAGUUUCGGUAUUCCUGCAUUUGAACAUAAUUAUUUGUCCUGUAUAUAAUAAUGAAUGUGCUUAUAGUUUCGUGUUCUAUCCUAUUGUAAGAAUAGAUUACGUAGGUUAUAGUUACUAAUCGAUAGAUUAUUAUUGUAAAUUUUCUCUCAAAAUCAAACAUCUUCCUUGAAAUUUUAUCAUGAAACUAUAUUUUUGCAGUACUUGCCUAAUAAAGUUGUAUUUGAGUGAAUAAAUUGUUGAAUAAUUGA